CUCGGAAUUAUCGUUGUCGUUUUCAAGACUCUUCGCUGUUUUCCAUUACGAUAUUGCUCACUUAUCGAGAGCGUGCGCAGGCUGAGACCUUGAGUUGUGAUAACCUCAGAACCGGCUGUUUGAGGAGCAAGUCUCCCCCGCAGCAGCACUUGCUCUUCCAGAAAUCAUGGCCGACCGCCAGUCCCUCGACGCAGCAGCAGAGAGAGCAGAGGGCCUCAAUGGGUCAAAUGUGACGUCUCCCCGAUCCAGCAUGGAUUCCCGCCCGCCAUCCGUUGGAGGACGAACUCCACGGCUGUCACACGUUUCGUCGAACCAUCAACACCGACAGAGCUUCAGCGAGUCUCUCCGCGCUGCCCCCGGAUCCCCGCGUGCACGGCGCCAGCCCUCGCUCACCCAGGCCGCUAUCCAAAGCCUUAUCGACCAUCCUCCGGCUCCGAAUCAUAUAAAUCCUGCGUUUAUUGACCGUGAUUGGCGAGAGAUUUCAAUUGGGGAGUUGGUGAGCCCGGACGACGUGAAGUUUGUGGAGCUCAAUACUGGUAUUGAAGAGGCUACAAAUAUUCUCAUUGAUACUGGUGCUCCGGUGCUCUUGAUCCGCGAAACGCCCGAGCACAAGACGGCUGUCGGGACCUUCGACUACAACGAUCUCAACACCUACCUCUUGCUCGCCGCGGGGCUAACCAGACCAGACGAGGAGCUGCUUCCCGCUUAUGAUGAGCUUGCCCGCAAAGCUCGCGAGGGAAUACCAAUUCCUAUGGAAGACGUUAAGGAACUGGGAAGGAAAGAUCCGCUAACCACGCUUCCAGCGUCGUCAAGUGUGAUGAUGGCCGUUGAGACUUUCGGAGGUGGCGUGCAUCGUGUGAUUGUGAUUGAUGACCAAAAGGACAACGAAGUGGUGGGGAUCUUUAGUCAAUUCCGACUCGUCAAGUUCCUGUGGGAGAACGGACGCUGCUUUCCGGUUCUUGACCAACUAUACCCGCAGUCGCUGCGAGAUUUGAAAAUUGGAUCUCAUACGGUUAUCUCAAUCAAUGGCGAUAAACGGCUCUAUGAAGCUCUCCAGCUAAUGCACAGCGAAGGCAUUUCGUCUGUCGCGGUGAUUGACAACCACGCCAACGUUGUCGGGAAUAUAUCUACUACUGAUGUAAAGUUACUUACGAGAUCGUCGUCACUUCCCCUCCUCCAAAAUACUUGCAUUCAUUUCAUCUCUGUGAUUCUGUCGACGCGCGGUCUGCAAGAAGGCAAAGAUUCUUUCCCAGUCUUCCACGUACAUCCUGGAUCGACGCUAGCACACACAGUGGCUAAAGUGGUGGCUACCAAGUCUCACCGUUUAUGGGUUACCGAUCCGCUGUCUCCAUCGUCAUCAGGGCCCCCGACUCCCUCCCACUCAAUGGUGCAUAUCCCUCUCCAACAGACCAGCAGUAGUGCAAUUGCACCGUCACCACCGCAAUCUCCCGCCCCACCUGCAUCGCAUGUGCAAGCCCCAAAUCAGGGCACACCGCAUCUCCCGACCCCAGCGCAGUACCCGGCCCCACCACCCCUGGGGGCGCCGUCUAUCCCAGCGUCAGCCCUACCCGGUGCACGUCUCUCAGGGCGACUCGUAGGCGUCGUAAGCCUAACAGAUAUAUUGAAUCUGCACGCACGAGCCAGUGGGUUGAGCCCCGCGGACCCCGCAGAAAGCCGCAGCCGACGGCGCCGAAGCAGCAGCUCGAGCUUGAGCGUACGGCGGAGCGGAGAAAUCGGGCGGGAGCUGUUCAGUCGAUGACCUUUCUUGUUAGAUUGGCACCCUCUAUCGCAAUAUUCAAGGACGCUCGUUUCAGGGAUUAGCAGAAUUAUAGCAUAUAGUCAUUACCCAAAUCCUCUCAGGUUAGGUACCACAACCACCAUAUGCAAAAUAUCAGUCAACCAUCGAACGGAAGCAUUAAUAUCGCCAGACAAGUUCUCCGAUUGGACCGCAUUCAUGCCUAGGUUACUAGCCCUAGCAGAACUUUAUGUAGUCUCUCUAGACUUCGCCGGGUAGUACAUGAUACUAAGUUUACCCCAGCAUCGAAUCAACGAAAAUCCGGGGUCAAAACUCAAAAUACAUAGCCCCGCGACCAAAGUCGCGAGAACUGUAUCGCCAUCGGCCCAUCAGUCACCCUAAGCUAGAUCCAAAGGCUCUGCGCGGGGUUAUUGCACUGAGCCUAGUUAUGUCCGUU